AAAUGCUGAAGAUGUUGUUCGUAUGGUAGCAAAGUUGCCAUCAACAACAAUAGCGGUGGCAGCAGUUGUGGUUGCUGCAGAAAAUCUACAACAAGUGUCUAGUAAAAAGAAGCGUAAUCAACAAAGAAUUAUAUAUAGAGUAUCUGAAUUCUGUACACCGUGGUAAUCAACGGCACAUCAAUCAGCUGAUCGUUGUUUUUGUUGUAACAUCAUAAACAAUCUCCAGAAAAUUUGUCGGAGUGACAGUUCCCUUGGCUGGAUAUAAAUCCGGGUCGUUCUGUUGAAGUCGCGGAAACUUCAGUGGAUCAUUAUAGUGUUGCCGUUUCUAUAACACACAAUCAACUAUCAAGUAUUCAAUAUAUUUAUUAAAAAAAUUUCGUCUGCGGCAGGUUGUAAAUCAUACGAAUGACAUUGUUUAUCCAUUGUGAAUAUCAUCUAUUAAGUAGUGCUAGUAGAGCGGAGAGUACUUUGGUGAAAAAAAUAAUUUUAUUUGUUUACAAUUGGACUGCAAAAAAUUAAAUUGAGCUCGACAUGCUUAAGGUACUUCCCAGCAUCACUUUAGGAAGCAACGCAAGUGCAAAAUGUGGAGAAAUCCAUUGUCACAGUUCCACGGAAUUUACCAUACUAUGUACUCUAUGCGAACUAAAGUCAUUCGAUUACGAACAUUUCAUGUUGCACUGUAAAAACGUACACUUCGAAAAUGAUUUGUUGAGGACAGAGGAAGCCUUUGUGAAAGAUGAGCCCAUCAUUGAAGAUAACAGUAUUGACCAUGACUUCAUGGAUGAGUCUGACUUUGACAUUUCUGAUGAAGAGGACGAUCAUUCUGGGUUACGUGUAAUGAAAUGGGAUCAGAAAAACACCUUAUCGGAGUCUCUGAACAGUGGACACAGAAAUUAUGCUGAAACAAAUCCUGAUGAUGAAGAUUACCUGCCAGCUUCGGAUCAACAAAAGAAACGAAAUAGGGACCGCCAUUCUCAAGCGUACAAGUGUGAAGUGUGUUCGCGUACGUACAAAAGUCAACACAAUUUGCGUUUGCAUUUGGAAAAAUCACAUAAUCCGGUUACAGAGAAGGUUGUAGUUAUACAAAUGCAAAAAUGCGAAGAAUGUACGGAAGAAUUUAAGACAUUGCGUAGCUUAGAAGAGCAUUGCAUAUCAAAACAUGGAGGAAUGAAAUGUACAUAUUGUGAUAAGAGAUGUACUUCAAGAACAAAUCAGCAACGUCAUAUGGAAACUCAUACGCAUGGAACGGAGCGAAGCUUUGUCUGCGAUUACGAAAAUUGUACGAAACGUUUCUUUACACGUCGACAAUUUCAAGCACACAAGCGCACCCACACCAAAGGCAAGAACUUUAUUUGUGAUAUAUGUGGCUAUUCUUGCCGAGUACCUGAAAUGCUUAAGGUGCACUAUCGUUCACACACGGGAGAAAAACCUUUUGCUUGUGAUGAAUGCGGAAAAUGCUUUGUAUCUAAAUCGGCAGUUAGAGAGCACAAAGCAUCGCACGGUACUGAACGGCCACAUAUGUGUAAGGUAUGUGGGCGAUCAUUUGCUCGCGCUAAAUCUCUGUAUCAUCAUAAUUUCUUGCAUCUCGAAGAGAAGAAAUUUAAAUGCAAGUUAUGUGGGCAAGCAUAUGCGCAAUUGGCUGGGCUGGCCGGUCAUAUGAGGAGACACCGCGAGGAUGGCCUUUGCUGAUCAGAUAUUCAUCAAAUUUCGUCAAACUUUGUUCACCUUAAAAAAUUUUAACUUUAAUUUUGAUUGAAACUUUUUAUUACAUAUGUACAUAUAUAAAAUAUGCAACCUAGUCAGGCGUUAUACAAAAAUUCAUGUACAUGGUUUCUGCAAACGUAAGUAUACAUUGGUAAUAUUAAAACAAAAACAAAAAAAAUUGAAAACAACUUUUUAAAAAUAAGUUAAGUGUUAAGAUAUUCGUAUGAGCAUACAUGUGAUUGUGUAUGA